AUGGACGCAAAUUACAUGUCCACGCUUCAGCAGCUGCUGGCAGCUACUAUCAGCCCAGACACCAACAUCAUCAAGCAGGCUACCACACAGCUCAACACCCAGUUCUACAAGAACUCGACAUGUAUUCCUGCCCUGUAUGAGAUUUCUUGCACCGACCAGAACCAGGCGGUCCGACAACUUGCCGCUGUCGAGCUGAGAAAACGGAUAUCACAAGCUGAUGGGCGGCUUUGGAAGAAGGUGGAUGCGCAGUUGAGGCAGCAAAUGAAGGAUAGCUUGCUCCAGCGAUUAAUUGGCGAGCAAAUCCCCGUUGUCAGACAUGCCCUUGCCCGUGUCGUCGCUGCCAUCGCCGACAUUGAGCUCACCACUCAACCCGUCCAAUGGCCUACCCUCCUUCCCGCUCUUUACGGCGCCGCCGCUUCCCCCGAAAAAUCCCAGCGUGAGACCGCCAUUUACGUCCUCUACUCCAUCCUCGACACUGUCGCCGAGUCGGUCGACGCCCACAUGAAGGAGCUUUUCCCCCUCUUUGCCAAGUCUCUGGUUGACCCCGAGUCGAGCGAGGUCCGGGUCACCACCAUGCGCGCCCUCGCCAAGGUCGCCGAGUAUAUCGAGGCGGACGCAAAGCACGACAUCAAGGCGUACCAGGAGCUUAUCGUGCCUAUGCUCCAGGUCCUCCAGCAGGUCGUGAACGACGACGACGAGCAGUCGGCCAAGUACGGGUUUGACCUGUUUGAGACCUUGUUGAUCAUCGAGGCGCCGCUGGUCAGCAAGCACGUGGGCGAGAUGGUGGAGUUCUUCAUCAGCGUGGGAGGGAACAAGGAUGUCGACUCGGAUAUCCGAGUGGGGUCCCUGGGUGUGCUCUCUUGGAUCGUCAGAUAUAAGAAGAGCAAGGUUCAGUCAUUGGGUCUCGCCAAGCCCAUCAUCGAGCGUCUUUUGGCUAUCGGUUGCGAGGAUGACCCAGAAGACGUCGAUGAGGAUUCUCCAUCACGACUUGCCUUCCGCGUCCUCGACAACCUCUCCCAGGCCCUUCCCCCACAGCAGGUCUUCCCUGUCCUCACCAACCAGCUUCAGGUGUACAUGGCUGGAGACGCCCGUAUGCGCAAGUCGGCGCUCAUGGCGUUCGGUGUAUCGGUCGAAGGCUGCAGCGAGUUCAUCCGCCCUCACGUCGACCAACUCUGGGCCAUUAUCGAGAGCGGUCUCCAAGACUCGGAGGUGAUUGUGCGGAAGGCGGCGUGUAUCGCUCUUGGCUGUCUCUGCGAGUGGCUGGCCGAGGAGUGCGCUACUCGGCAUUCCACCAUCGUCCCUAUUCUUUUCAACCUCAUUGUCGACCCUUCCACCCAGAAGAACGCCUGCACAUGUCUCGACUCGUACCUCGAGAUCCUCGGCGACGACAUUGUCAACUAUCUCACUCUCCUCAUGGAACGCCUCCUCGUCCUGCUCGAGAACGGCACCAUUCCCGUCAAAAUCACCGUCACUGGCGCUAUUGGGUCCGCCGCUCAUGCUGCCAAGGGCAAGUUUACCCCAUACUUUGAGCAGACCAUCCGCCGCCUCGUCCCCCUCGUCCAGCUUACGGACGCCGAGCAGAGCGAUCUGCGCGGUGUAGCGACGGACACUAUCGGUACGAUCGCGGACGCGGUCGGUGCCGAGAUCUUCCGCCCCUUCUUCCACGACAUGAUGAAGGCGUCUUUCGAGGCGUUGACGAUGGACCAGCCGCGGCUCCGCGAAUCCUCGUUCAUCUUCUUUGGCGUCAUGGCCGGUGUCUUUGAGCAGGAGUUUGCCCCUUACCUCCCCCAGUGUCUCCCCGCCCUCUUUGCGUCGUGUCGUCAACUCGAGACAUCCGACGAGUUUAUCGACGAGGCGGACGGCGAGUCGGACCCGGCCAAGCUCGCUGAGGCGUUCUCGAUGGGCGGUCGGGCGUCUUCGUCCAAGACUCCCGGAGAGGAGGACUUGGAUGAUGAGGACGAGACGGACCUGGAUGCGCUUGAGCAAAUGUACAACCAGGUCAACUCCGCGGUGGCGAUUGAGAAGGAGGUUGCGGCGGAUGCUAUCGGGGAGUUGUUUACGGCUACCAAGGCGGCGUUCAUGCCGUUCGUCGAGGAGUCGGUGACCGUGCUCUUUGAGCUGCUGGACCACUACUAUGAGGGCAUCAGGAAGAGCGUGAUUGUUGCGCUGUUCUCGUUCAUCAGGACAAUCUACGAGCUGUCGGAGCCGCAGGAGUGGGUACAGGGAGCUACAGUUCAAAUCCCCUUCCACGCCGACGUCAAGAAGCUCGUCGAUCACAUCCUUCCCCCAAUCUUCGAGGCAUGGAAGACUGAAGACGACAAAUCUGUUGUCAUCCUGCUCUGCAGCGAGCUCGCUGAGACGAUGAACAAGUGCGGUCCUGCGCUUGUGGAAGGCCAGCUCGACCAAGUCGCCCACUUUGCCGUCGAGAUUCUCGAGAAGAAGGCCAUGUGCCAGCUCGACCCCGAUCAGGACGACGACAAUGUCGACGAGGACUCGUCCGAGUACGAGGCGGCUCUCAUUUCAAACGCCGCGGAUGUGUUUGGCGCGAUGGCCAACGUGCUCGGCCCGGACUUUGCGCAGGCGUUCGGCUCGGUCCUGCCUCUUAUCGGGCAGUACUCUGAGCCCAAGCGGGCAAACUCUGAGCGGAGCAUGGCGAUUGGGAGCUUGGGAGAGAUCAUUGUUGGUCUCCGAGGCGCUGUUACUCAGUUCACCCAGCAACUCCUCCAAAUCAUCUCGCGCAGUCUUCGCGACGAGGAAGCCGAGGUCCGCUCCAACGCCGCUUUUGCUGCCGGUGUGCUCGUCGAGUGCUCCGACGCCGACCUCACUCAGCACAACACUGCCCUCCUCACCGCCCUCCAACCCUUCUUCACCGUCCCCGACCACUCUGCCCCACCACUCUACAACGCCCGUGACAACGCCGCCGGCGCCAUCUCCCGCAUGAUCAGCAACAACCCCACCUCCAUGCCCCUCGAGCAGGUCCUCCCCGUCAUCGUCUCGGUCCUGCCAUUGCGGUACGACACGCUCGAGAACCGGCCGGUCUACUCGGCCAUCUUUACCAUCUUCCGCAUCCGCCCAGAACUGCUCGCGCCUCAUAUGGACAACCUCCUUGCUGCGUUUGCGCACGUCUUGCUGGAUCCUGCUCACGAGGAUGAGACGACGGACGAGACCAAGGCGGAAAUGAAGGCGUUGGUGGAGCAUCUCAAGAGUCAGAUCCCGGACAAGGUGGCCGCCGCGGGGUUCCAAUGA